AGAGGGGGAGGGGGAGGCGGGGAGCGGCCGGCGCAUGCGCGCCACUCGGGCCCGCGCCGCCUUCCCCCACGCGCACGUGCCUCCGCGCCGAGCCUUUCGGCCCUCCGCGGCUGCCGUCGGGGCUGCGGGGCGCGGCGCGAUGUUCGCGGAGCUGAACGAGCUGCUGAACGCCUCCCCGCAGCGCCCGGAGCAGGGCAAAUUCACGCUGCUGCGAGACACCAGAACAGAUGGCAGCUUCCUGGUGCACCAUUUCCUCUCCUUCUAUCUCAGAGCUGGCUGUAAGGUGUGCUUUGUGGCCCUGCUCCAGUCCUUCAGCCACUAUAACAUCGUAGCGCAGAAGCUGGGCGUCAGUCUGACGGCGGCCAAGGAGCGGGGCCAGCUGGUCUUCCUGGAGGGCCUGGCCUCCUGCCUGGACAUGCUCUUCGGCGAGGAGGAGGAGGAGCAGGCCGGACAGCCCCGUCCUCUGCGGUUCAUCAGCGAGAGCACCUCCGACCUCCGGGCCCUGUUCGACUUCGUGCGGACGUCGCUGGCUCCGGCCGCCGGCGACGCCUGGCCGGGCCGCGUGCUGCUGCUGGACGACCUGGGCGUGCUGCUGAGCCUGGGCGCCUCGCCGGUGGCCGUGCUGGACUUCAUCCACUACUGCCGCGUGGCCGUGUGCUCCCGGCUGCAGGGCAACGUCGUGGUGCUGGCGCACGGCGGCGAGGACUCGGAGGACGAGGAGAACGAGCUGGUCGUCACCUCCCUGUGCCACCACAGCGACCUCAUCCUCUGGGCGGAGGGGCUGGCCACCGGCUUCUGCAAGGACGUGCACGGGCAGCUGAAGAUCAUUAGGAGAGCGUCGCUGCAGCCGGGAGGGGAGCGGGACGUCCUCCAGACCUACCAGUACAAGAUCCAGGACAAGAACGUCACCUUUUUCGCCCGAGGGCUGUCGGCCGCCGUGCUGUGACGCCGGGGCGCGGGCAUCAGCUCGCUGCCGAAGGGGGGGCCGCGAGCGAGAGCCCGGCUUGCAGGGGCAGCCCACCCUCGCGCUGGCGUUGAACGCGCUGACACGGUGGGUGGAGGCAGGGACGGGCCCGGAGCGUGUUGCAAUUCCUGCCUUUCUCCCAGCGCUGGCACCGGACGGGUUUGCUCAACUCCUGACUUGCCCAGAAUUAAAAAAACGUAUAGCUACACACGUGGCGAGA